AUGCAUUUUCGCCCGGUCGAGCAGUCAAUGGAUGACGAGUAUCUCGCUCGGGGCGGGGGCGGCAACUCUGGUCAGACAGCCGCGCCGGAGGAUGGCUCUGGUUCCGGCGGGGUGUAUUUUUCCCUCGAUGAUGUCUUCGAGCCUGAGCCUGAGGUAGGGCUGGGGUCUGGCGACGACGCUGCUGCGGUCGUUCCGUCUUUGGACGGGCCUGAAAACCCUCUUCACCCAUCCGAUAUGCGGCGGCUAGAGACGGAGCACACCACUGCAGGAUAUCGGGAAGGUAUCUCAGCGGCAAAAGAGCGGACCAUCCAGGCUGGCUUCGACGAAGGCUUCAGCCUCGGCGCCGCGAUAGGGCUGGCGGCAGGGCAGCUGCUCGGCAUAUUGGAAGGUAUCCAGGACGCUCUCAAAAACACGCCCCCAGGCCCGGUUGGUGACGAGAACGAGGGAGCCAAGUCGGCAUCCCAGCUGUUGGCAGAGGCACGAGAAGACCUGAGCGUGCCCAAGAUCUUCAGCCCCGACUACUGGGCCCCUGACGGCAACUGGAGCUUCGACGUCAAGCCUGAAGCCAAUGAAGAUGACGAGGUGCUGUUUGCUGAUGUGGCAAAGGCGCAUCCCCUGAUCAGAAAGUGGACCGACAUCGUUGACGAGCGAGUCAAAUUGUGGAAGAUUGACCGGUCUGUGCUUGAUGGCGAGGAUGGCGAGGAUGGAGAUGGUCGAGUGGAAGCUGCAGCAGCGGACGACGCAACCACUAGUACCGCUGGCACCGCUGGCGCGAUCACACUUCCGCCGCCUACAUCAAGACAGCGUCUGGACUGGUGA